UGUGAGAAUUUACAGAAAUUGGAAACGAAUAAGGAAUUUCGAGGUAGUGUUGUAGAGAGUGCAUCAUACAGUCAAUAAAAUGUUGAGAUACAUUCUCUCCAACAUAUCUGGAACUUCCUGCUUGCACUGAUUUGCCUCCCUUACCAUUUGGCUCACCAAUUUUUCAUUUCGACGAAAAAAUGGCCGACGAUCCAUCACACAAGGCCAUGUUGUACUUCUUGGAGAUCCUCAUGAACUCAGGAGUUCCACUUACCAUCAGCCAGCUGGCUGGGAGGUUCGGAAGUAAAAGUUUUACACCUGAGAUGCGACAGUCUUGUGGUGGAAACGAAGCUGGAUUGAGAAAGUUCUUGUUGAAAUUUCCUUCUUUGUUCUGUGUUAAUGGAAAUCUAGUCAGCUUGAAUGAUGGGACAGCUAAUCUUGGGAAGAAUUUUCGUGAAAGUAGUCCGGCAUCAACAACAUCGGAUGUCUCUGUUGAGACAGAGGCAGUGCAAUAUUUUCGUCAAAAGAUGAUCCGCAAAGGUGAAAAAUGGCUACCAGUCUUAAGUCUUGCUGGCCAUCUUUCCCAAGCCUCACCGGAAAUAAGGGAGUGUGUUGGUCCACAGAACCAAUUCAAGGAGUGGCUUGAACGACAUCCCCUUAUAUUCGAUAUGAGAGGGGAUUUAGUAGCGUUGAAAGAUAAUAUCAAUUACAGCGCUGUUAACCCUGCUGGAGAGUCGUUAGAGCUUGAAAAUGUUCAUUUCAAUUCAAAUCCUCGUUAUUCUGCUGGUGACUUCAAUCCGAGAUUUUCUGGCAGUGAUCAACUUCCCCGCACACCAAAGGCUAAACGCCGCCCCAAAUCAAUAGAAAUACCACCAAAUUCACCGAAACCAUCCAUACCUCGUACCCCAUCAUUUACCUCACAGACUCAGCCACAAACACCAACGCCUGUAAGUGCCAAAUCUGGGCCGGCAACCAUGACAGCAAAUGAGUACAAGGCUGUAAUGUUCUUGAAAGGAAUUAUUGAGAAAAAGGGUGACAUGAAAUUGAAUGGAUUGACAGGACACUUUAGCCAGGCCCCAGAAAGUUUACGAAACACAAUUGGAUGGAGUAAGCCAGAACUUGAGAAGUUUGUUCGAAGUCAUGCUAAUAUCUUUGUCAUUUCUGAAGAUGAAACAGUGUCGGUCAUAAAGAAUGCACGACUGAAUGUGAUCAUCACAGGAAGUAGACCAUCUGCAAAUGCCGCAAAAUCUGGUAAAACUGGAAAAGGCAGGGUUUAUCAUGUUGCUAAAUUAUGGGGUAUUGUCGAUCUUGGAAAACAUGAACAUGUUUUCAUUGACAGGACUAUAUUUGGAAAACACAUCGACGAUCUUAAUAAAUUACUGACUGUUGGAGAAAUGGUCUGUUUUGAGUCAAUACCAGCACCUAAAGGGAGCAGAGCUCGCUGGCGUGCCACUAAAGUCUGGAAGGAGCAUGAAUCAAUUGAAGAUCUUAUAGAUCGUGUAACUAGUCGAUUAAGUGUAUCGUUUGACUCGCUCCGAGAACCUAUGACUCCAACAACACCGCUGCCAAUUUCUGAUGCAAAUAUUGAUGAAGAGAUAAGAAGAAUGAUUCCUGAGCUGAAUGAUUCAGGGGUAAUUCAGUCACCAGUUAAUGUGGGAGGUAUCAAGUACUCUUUUUCAGAUGCAGCCCCCAGUGGAGCAGGUGUUGUGCCAGUUUGGAAUUUUCGCCAUCAAGAAUUGUCUGCAAUGAGGGAUAUUGACGACCUUGACCUAAGCGAUGAUUCAGAUUCACCCAAUCUUACAAUGGUCGCAGAAAAAUACUACAUGAAUAGGUCAGUGCUUGGCGAUUGUCCAAAGAAAGAUGUUUCAGAUGUAAAGGAAAAUGGCGUUGAGAAAGACAACAAGAGGAAAAUGGUCACCAUUGGCUGUCAGACUAUCGUUACAGGAGAAGUUUUAGCAACUCAGCUUUUCCAUGAAGAUUUCUAAAUUAUGGACGUUUUCUUUGAGGGGCAGAGGUAUUGAGUGUGGUAAACUAUCAAUUGAUAUCUAGCAAUAUUUUAUUAACAUAUUUUUAAUUGUACAAAGGCAAAUUUUUGCAGUUUUAGGUAAAGCAAUAUUUCUGGAUACUGGUUCGGAACCAGAUCCGAACAGGACCAGUUUCCGCACUGAUUUUUUUUCAGCAUUAUUUAUAAAUACUUUAAUCCUGAUUUUUUAGAACUUUGAUUUUUUGUAUCUACGGCAACACUUUUAUCACAAAUUGAUAUUUACAUAAAAUUCCAUAGCAUUAGGACAUGGAGAUUAAAUUGCGCAUGGGCAAUAAUUUUAUCUGAGGUACAAAGUAGGGUAGAAAGAAUUAAAUUUAUACCAUGUAUGAUUACAGCACAAGUUACUUUUUAACUGAACUACAGUAAUUUUUCAUAUGCAGGCUAUUAAAUUUGCACUACACAUAAUUUCAAUACAUUAUCUACCUGAAUUAUCAUUUCAUUGGUGCUUUUUACAGUUGGGUUUCAUUUACAUAAAUUGUUUUAAAGAUUGAAAAGAGAAUCAUAAUAAUAUAUGAAAUAUAUUUAUCACAUUUUUCCCUUUUCAAAAAAACUUUGAGUCAUUCUUGAAAUAUUUAUCCAGAUACUGGUUCCCACUACAGAAAUAUUUUCAGUGACUAUGACCCCCAUUGGAACCAAACAGAAAAUUAAACUUACAAUACAUAACUAGGUUGGAUUAGUGGUAUUUUUGGUUGUAAUAGGAGCUGGAGUGUAUGUGGUGUAAGUUUCAGUUUUGUCCAGUAAUGUCUGAGAAAAAAGAAAAACAUAGAAAUUCUAUUCUAAUUAGAAUUUUGUCCGGAAAUUGGUUCCCAACCAGUAUUGGAAAAAAUACAUUUUGUUUUAAAGCUGUAUUAUAAUUAAGGUUAAAGUGAGGUUUUUAUUUCAGUAUAGAACGGACGCUUUAGGCAUUUUUGUUUUGUCAGCAAUGUUUUGGGCAGUACGUAACAGGAUUUAUAAUUAAUGUUACAGUUUACUUGUUGGUUGUAAAGAGUCUGUUCCUGCUUAAAAGACUUCACUUUUAAACUGUAGGAUUGUUAGUCUGUACCUGUGUUCUACUGACAAAGAGCUUGGGAUUUCAUACAAGUUUGUUAGCGCACAUAUGUGUAUGUAAUGUAACCAUUUUUUAUUUCAAUAUACUAUGUCCAAGGUAUCAAAAUCACAGUGUUGCAGGUUAUUCACAAAAUCUACUGACAUAGUCUAAAACAUUCAAAGUGCAUUUGAAGAACAAGAAUCUGAAGUUUUAAACAUGUAGAUAAAUCUGAAAGUUAAACUCAGUUUGUUGCACCCUGUUUUAGUGGAUGGGAUUUUAUAAUCAUUUACUAAACAUACACAAGACUCAGUAUUGAAAUCGCAACCUCCCGAUAUAUUCAAGUGAAAGAAAUCAUUUUUCAACUAAAAAGUCAGUUGAUAGAAGUGGUUAAUUCUAUGUAUACUUUAAUUUAAUGAAACAGACAAGACAGUGGAGGAAUAUUUCUUAUUACAAAGUUUGCUAUUCCUUUUUCAUUACACUUGGACUACAUGAUGUUAUAUAUAAUAGUGUUUGAUUUUAAGAAAUCAGUACUUUAUAAGACUUUUUUACUUGAAACUUUCUGUCGUAUUUGCAUUUAUUUUUUCCGUCACAGAAAAACCAAAGUUUAGAUUUUUCUUUUGUUGCCUUUUCAUGCAUUUUUUAAUAGAAAAGCCAAGGUUAUAUUUUGUACAUUUUGUUCCGAAAUUCUUACAUUGGUUAUGUAUAUUUAUUUAUUGGAAUUACACUAUAACCAGACAUAUAAUCACUGUGUUGUGGUGGGCCUUGUAUAAAUUAGCACCUAUCCUUAAAAGUAUCUAACAGUCCUAUGUUUUGUGUUUAACUCAUUUUUUUCCAUGACAAUAGUUUUUCCUUUUUUAAUCUGUAGCAUAAACUUACUUUUUCUGACAUUUAUUAAGUUUAAAUUACGGACAUUUUCUGUCUUUUCAUUCUGCUAACAGGCUUUUAAAAUUUUCUGACAAAAAAAUGUCUUUGAUACAAAUGAGUGUUUUCAGGUGAAAAAUGCAAUAUUCAUUUCCAAAGUGGGAUACGUCUGUACAAAGACUCUGGGGUGGCAAAAUCUUAUUUUGACAUAAUUGUUUAUAUUUGCUAAGAUAGUAUUAGAGCUAUUUUUCAUUUGACCAUUUAAUGGUUACCGUAUAUAAUAAAAUAUGAUGACAUUGUACUUGUCUGUAUGGGCUGUUGGACAAGCUGUACAAGUCGAACAUUUGAUUUUGUCAUCCCAGUUUCAAGUUAUUUUUUAUUUAACUAAUAUACUUCAAAAGCUAGAAGUAAAAGUUGAAAACAGAAUAGAAAUGUAUGUUUGUUGAUUUACAAUUUAAAUAUUUCUGACAAUCCCUUUUAAAAAAAAUGUUUUGAUUAAGUUUAAAGGCACUGGCCUCCAGAUAGUACAACAACAAAAAAUGUUUUUACUAAUUUUCCACUCAGAGUUGAAUUUUUAAGCCUUUGUAAUGUGGUACCAGAGGUAAACUGUCUUGAUUUAUAAAGCUUUAUACUUAAAGGUCAGUUAGUACAAAUUUCUCUGUGGUGUAUUGGUCAAGAAGGUAGGAAAAUUUUUAUUGCUGAAGCAGUCCGGGUUCGAUUCCCAACUUGGACAUGUUUUGUUUUUCUUGAGUUUGCAUUUUUAAAGAUUGUUUAGAAAAAAAAUCUCAUGUUCUAAUGUUCAUAAUGUGACCUACUGUAGAUUUAAAAGAAGGAUCAUUUUUAGCCAAAAUCUGGAGUUCAGUCCCUUUAAGGUAAAUUUACUAAGUAGCACAAAAGAAUAAGAAAUUAUGGUUUAUGAUCCUUUAAGGCAAUUUAAAGCUGAGACUUAUCAAAAGCUAAAUUUUCAUAAGAAUUCCUUUGCGACCAUAAGCUUUAUUAGCUCACCUGAGCCAGACUCGGAGUGAGCUAUUGUGAUCGCUCGUCGUCCGACAUCUGUCUGUCCACACUUUCCUUUAAACAACAUCUCCUAAACCACCAAGCCAAUUUUGAUGAAACUUCACAGGGAUGAUCCUUGGAUGGUCCUCUUUAAAAACUGUUCAAAGAAUUAAAUUCUGUACAGUUCUGUAGUUGCCAUGGCAACCGAAAGGAAAAACUUUAAAGAUCUUCUUGUUGAAAACCACAAGGCCUAGGGCUUUGAUAUUUGGUAUGUCAUAAGGCCUAGGGCUUUGAUAUUUAGUAUGUAGCAUCAGCUAGUGGACCUCCACAAAGAUUGUUCAAAUUAUCCCCCUAGGAUAUAAUAUGGCCACGCCCUGGGGGUCACAUUGUUUCUAUAGACUUAUAUAGGGAAAAACUUUGAAAAUCUUCUUGUCAAAAACAAAAGGACCUUAGGCUUUGAUAUUUGGUAUGUAGCAUCAUAUAGUGGGCCUCUACCUAGAUUGUUCAAAUGAUCCUCCUAGGAUGAAAUAUGGUCCCGCCCGGGGGGGUCACGUGGUUUAUAUAGACUUGCAUAGGAAAAAAACUUUAAAAAUCUUCUUGUCUAAAACCAAAAGACCUAGGCUUUUGAUAUUUGGUUUGUAGCAUUGCCUUGUGGUCCUCUACCAAUAUUGUUCAAAUUAUUCCCCUGGGGUGAAAAGAGGCCCUGCCCUGGGGUCCCAAGUUUUACAUAGACUUAUAUGGGAAAAAACUGUAAAAAUCUUCUUGUCUGAAAGUUCAAGUCCUACGCCUUUGAUAUUUUGUUGGUAUCAUUGCCUAGUUGAUCUCUAACAAGAUUGUUCGAAUUAUGCCCCUGGGGUGAAAAGAGGCCCCGCCCCAGGGGUCACUUGAUAUAUCAGUUAUAUAGGAAAAAAUACUUCAAAUAUUAUCAGGUCAUAUUUCCUAGACUGUUUAAUUAUAUUUACCUGAUGACCCCAAGUUAUAAGGGGUCACCCAACUGUAACCUUGAUUUACUAACUACUUUCUUGUUUUUUAAGAUACAGCCUUGAAAUUUGGAUGACAUGUACAGUUUUGCACAUCGAUCUUAAAACUUGACUUUCAGUGACCAUGAAUGUGACGUACUGACCUACUUUCUAGUUUUUUAAGAAACAGCCUUGAAAUUUGGAUGACAUGUACAGUUUUGCACAUCGAUCUUAAAACUGACUUUUAGUGACCAUGAAUAUGACCUACUGACCUACUUUCUUGUUUUUGAAGCUUUAGCAAAGAAAUUUGUUCAAGCAAGCAACUUAACUCAGGUGAGCGAUAUAGGGCCAUCAUGGCCCUCUUGUUAAACAAAGUAUCUAAAUCUGUCUGAGAAUGUUUAUUAAUAUUUAUUAUUUAUUAGGGAUUGUCAGCUACAUUAUGUAGUGUGCAGUUAAAUAGAAAAAUGAAAGUUCUUGCCUAAGACAUUUAUGUCAUACUAGUAUUGUUUAUUUAUUUAUUAUUGUUGAAAAAUUUCAUGUACCUUUCGAAAAACCUUUCGACUUUCGAUAAAUCCUUUCGACUCUUUUCGAAAAUGAUUUGUCAUGUUAAUUGUUGGAAAUUUGUGAUUGCAAAUUUUUUUUAUAUUUUGUCAAAGAAAAUGAAAGAAAAUAUAUUUUUGAAUGUCACUUACAUCAGGUUUUUUUUUUUGGUUUUUUUCUCUGACUUGUAAGACUUUUCUAUUUCUGAUAUAUUUUGUUUGUAAGGUAUUGAUUCUUUCAAAACUUUGCAAAGCACCCAGUUCAACAUUGCUACCAAUUAAAUAGAAUCCUGUAUGAUAAAGCAAAAAAAUGUAGCAACAGAAGAGUUCACAUUCCUGAGUUAAUCUCACAUUGGGAAUUUUCAUUAAAAAUAUUUACCUGUAAUUUCUGUUAUGAAAAUUCUUUAGAAAAUUAGCAAAUUAAGUUCACAUGGCAUGUAAACAAUAAGCCAGGCUUCUGUUAUGUUGGCUAUCAAAGUUAUAUAACAUUCUUUGUCCAUUUUACUAAAUUUUCCUAUACCAAUAUUACUGAGGUAAAGUUUAAGACGUUUAUUUUAUUUUUCUAGAGCAGCAUUCACAGAUUUCCAACAAUAUGCAGUUCAAAUCAAUUUAGUACAAACUAACUGUCUUUCAUAAAACAAGGGUUGAAAUUACAUUAGAUGUAUUUUAACCAGACAAAAUCUCUUGCUGGUUCUGUAAUGGCAGAUAUGGAAAUCAAGGUAUAUAAAUAUGAUAUCUGAUUAGUGCUAAAAAUUGCAUUCUCUUGCAAAGUAUCUCUUGUUCAAAGUUGUUUGAUAAUUUAAGAGGGUUAUGUUAAAACCAUUGCUGUAUAAAUAAGCCAUUUAGAUAGAAUUAGCAUGCGAGUACAAUGUAAUUUUCUUGUCCACCCCCUACCAAGAAAACAUCCUGCCAGUCAAAAUAUAAAUUUGAUCCAAGGCUCUGUGAUAAUGAUACAGAUAAUGUUAUUUCUUAAUUGAUCAGUCGUCUGGUACCUGGCACACUUUUACACUAAACUCACACUGAUUUGGAAGUACAGUUUAACUUGUAUAUUAAACAGCAAUUGAGAGUCAAAACUGGCAAGAAAGUCUUUGUUCUUUGGAUUACACUUAAUACACUAAUACAUCAUUACCUUUGUUUGUAACAUCACCAAAGAGGAAACACCAGUUCAAAGGCAGAUAUCUCACAUUUGAUCGGAGUCUAAAUAAGAGGGUCUCUCUCUUCUCUCUCUUUUUUGAAAGACCCUUUCUCUGCAGACCAAAGACCACAAACACACACACACUUUAACUAUCUUUGUGAUGUUCCCUCUGUGAUAGUUGCAUUGUACAAUGUAAAUUAUUUAACCCUUAUCAUGCUGGACACGGUUGAUUCUGCCUUUGCGACCAGUGCAGAACAUGAUCAGCGGUCUGAUCAUGACCUGCACUGUUCGUCAUUCAGUCAGUAUCUUUUUGGCAAGCACCCCUUUUAACAGUUGACAGUUCUGUCCAAAUUGAAAGAUGGAUAAGUUCAUUAUAGAAAUUUAGCAGGGUAAGGGUUUAUUUCUAGAAUGAAAAUUAGUGGGUUCUGUUUAUGGGUGGCUUUUGGCACAGGUUUCACUGUAUAAAGCAUAUUGACACUUUACAUAACUCUCUUACUUGACAUUCACUUUAUUACACUUUAUGAUUUAUUACUAAUUAUCUCACAUAAUAAGUGUUUGUGAUUUCCAGUUUGCCAUAACAGAAGCUUGCUGCAUUUAGCAAUAUUAUAUUAUAGUCAUUAUAUAGAAGAUUGUAAAGAUUGUUUUAUUAUACCAAUGUUGAUAUUACAUUUAACAUAUAGUAUUUUUACUCAUAUGGCUGUGCUGUGUUUUGUGUGUCUGUGUGUGAAUUUGUUGCUUUUACAAAAUAUUUAUGUGAAAAUUUACUUUAACUGUUAAAAAUGUUCAUAUAUUUAUAUAUAUGAUUUUCACAAUACCAUAGCAGUGGAAAAACUUGUUGAAACUUAUAUUACAUGUGUUACAAUAUAUGCAACACUUUUUAAUUUUCCUUUUGUGCAAAUGUAAGUGAAAAAACAUGUUUUGUUUUAUUUUUAUGUAUCUUUAUUAAGAGUGGUACUUACAUGUAUGAAAGUCAAAGUUACUAUGUAAAAAUUUCAGUUUUGUAAUAUAAAUGAUUUGUAAUGUCUGAAUUAUGCCAGACCUUAAUAUAAAUACCACUCUUAAUAAAGAUACAUAAAAAUAAAUGUCUCAUAGAGAUAUAGAAAUUUAACCGUUUUGGAUUUGAUUUUUCGACAUUGUCGUACAAAGUUAUGUUGAUGAAAAACAGUUGCAGGGGCCAGGGGCUAGGUUUAAAUCUGUGGGACAUUAUGUUUGUGUUAGCAAGAUUUUACUUUUAUAACUUAGGUUGCUAUGUUUGUGUUGUGCAGUUUAUUUUGUCUUUACAUUUGUACAAUAACUUCUAUUAGGCUUAUGUAUUUUGUGAACAGGAUUUUUAUAGAAAACCAAAGAUACAAAGUCUGGAAACAUUUGUGUAAAGGCCAGGCCUCGGCUUCUGUUUUACAUUUUUGAACACUUGCAUGCUGUCGAAAUUUAGUCUGUAUGGAGUUAGCUAAGUGAGGAAUAUAAUGUGUUUAAUUUUACAAAGGGUUAAAUUUUAUCACCUCAAAAAGCACUGAUUCUCGGGUAAAUAAAAUUAUACCAAAAAAGCACUGCCAUGCAGACCAUCUGUCUGUCCUUUCUGGUAAACAUGAGCGUUGUAUUUUAAGAGUUUCAGUACCAUUUUAACAGUGAUUUAAGAACUGUUAUAAGACAGUGAUAAUAAUCUCUUUUUUGAAAAAAAUUCUGGUGACUUGUAUGAGAGAUGCAGUGUAAGGAAGGUAUUUUGGCAAAGUAUUUUGCUCGUUUUUAUAUUAACUUCUAGUUUUCUCCACACAUUGUUUUACUAUACAUUAUGAAUGAUAAAUUGUUUGUGUGAUGCUCACAUUGAGGUCAAAAUAUUUUCAAGAUUAUUUUUUAUUUACUUGCAAUUCUAUUGUCUUGUGAAAUUUUUUUCUGUCUAAUUUAUACACUAGAGUAUUUUUUAGAUAUUUUGGCCAUGUUAAGAGAUGAUGUGAAAUGGCUAUGCUUCUUUCGUUUAGGGGUACCAGUGCGUAGUCUGUUGUCACAUUCAUACUGCAAAAUACAUCUACCAGUAUUCAAAAUAUUCAAGGAUAUUGAAAAUUGUUUUGAAAUAUGCAUAAUUUUACAGGUGUACCUAGUGCUUUAAAAGGUAAAGUUAGAGGAUAAUUUGUUGCCUAUAUGUAUUUAGUGCUACAUUAAUGUUGAAAAUAUGCCUUUAUAAGGCAUAUUUGUGAGAAUUAAAAUGUUUUUAUUUGACCAAUUUCACAUUAAAAAUGAAGCUCAAUUGGAUCCACUGCCUUACCCUUGCAUGAUCGUAAGAGGCGGCUAAUAGGGUCUUAACACUUGGUUUUGCUGUAACUCUGUGAUUCCAGCAGGUAUGCAAAUUUUGAUUCCAUACCCCGUGUUUUUAUUUCGAUGUAAAUGAGAUGUGAAACCAAAAUUUGUAGUCCUGUUUGGCGCCAUAUAACCUAUACUGUGUUGGUGCGCCGUAAAACCCAAAUAAAUAAAUAAAUAAAUAAAAGUUACAUUGACAGGAAAAAAUGUUAUACUUACAUUUUUUUCAGAUAAUUGUAAUGAUACAUAAUGUAUUGUUACAUUGAUAAGAAGAGAAAAUGUUUUAUUAUAUUGGUGAACUGAAAAGUGCAUUAUUUCAUUGAUAUGGAAUACAAUGUAGUAUUACAUUGAUGAGGAAUACAAUGUAUUAUUACAUUGAUAUGGAAUACAAUGUAGUAUUACAUUGAUGAGGAAUACAAUGUGGUAUUACAUUGAUGAGGAGUACAAUGUGGUAUUACAUUGAUAAGGAAUACAAUGCAUUAUUACAUUGAUGAGGAGUACAAUGUGGUAUUACAUUGAUGAGGAGUACAAUGUGGUAUUACAUUGAUAAGGAAUACAAUGCAUUAUUACAUUGAUAAGGAAUACAAUGUAUUAUUACAUUGAUGAGGAGUACAAUGUGGUAUUACAUUGAUGAGGAAUACAAUGCAUUAUUACAUUGAUGAGGAGUACAAUGUGGUAUUACAUUGAUGAGGAGUACAAUGUGGUAUUACAUUGAUAAGGAAUACAAUGCAUUAUUACAUUGAUGAGGAAUACAAUGUAUUAUUAUAUUGAUCAGGAAUACAAUGUAUUAUUACAUUGAUGAGGAAUACAAAAAUGUAUAUAUUGGUAAGGAAUACAAUGUAUUAUAACAUUGAUGAGAAAUACAGUGCAUUAUUACUUAGAUGAGGAAUAUAGGGAUGCAAUGUAUAUUACAUUGAUAAGAAAUACAAUGCAUUAUUACAUUGAUGAGGGAAAGUGUAUUAUUGCAUUGAUGAGGAAUACCAUGUAUUAUUAUAUUGAUGAGGAAAUAAUAUAUAUUUUUACAUUGGUAAAGAGAUAACAGUAUUGUUAAAACGUAUCAUUACAAUGAGGAGGAAAAAUAUAUUAUAACACUGACUAGAAGAAAAAUGUAGUGUUUAACAGGAAAAAAUGUUAAACUUACUUUUUCUUUGGAGAAAAAUGUAAUGAUACAUUAUGUAUUGUUACAUUGAUAAGGAGAAAAUGUAUUAUUUUAUUGGUGAAUUGAUAAGUGUGUUAUUACAUUGAUAUGGAAUACAAUGCAUUAUUACAUUGAUGAGGAAAAUGUAGUAUUGCAUUAAUAAAAUGAGGAGCUAAUUACAUUGAUAAGGAGCAAGGUUAAUAAGAAACUAGUUUUACUAAAUUAAUUUAGAUAAGCAAAGUUAAUAAGAAACUAGUUUUACUAAAUUAAUUUAGAUAAGCAAAGUUAAUAAGAAACCAGUUUUACUAAAUUAAUUUAGAUAAUUUAGAUAAGCAAAGUUAAUAAGAAACUAGUUUUACUAAAUUAAUUUAGAUAAGCAGAAAAAUGUAUUUGUACUGGUACAUUGACCAGUAGAAAAAUGUAUUACUGCUUUGAUCAGUGGAAAUGUAAUUGUACAUUGAUAAGGAAAACAUGUUUUAUUACAUUGAUAAAGAAAUAUGUAUGAUGUUACACUGAUAAAAAGAAAAAAGUGUAGAAGAAAAAAAAAGUGUGAAAUUGAUCAUAAAAAAGUAUGAAAUUUUUGAUAAAGAAAAAAUGUAAAAUAAUUUACAUUGAUAAGGAACAUGUAAUUUUACAUUGAUAAGGAUAUUUGUAUUAUGAAAUUAUUGAUAGGAAACUUGAAGUCUUGUAAUUGUUACAUUACAUGACUUUGCUUUUCCCAAAGAGAAUAGUUUCAUGACAGAUGUGACUCUUGAAUAUAAAACAGUCAUGAAUGUAGGCCAGUAUAUUGAAUACGUAUUACAAAAUGUGACUCUCAAGGUAAACAAAAUAGAAAUAACAAUGAUAAUGAAUAACAAAAAUACUAACAAUAUCAGGUAUACUGUAAAGAAGCAAAACAAUUUAAUAUAAAGUGACCAUAUUUUGAGGUGUUAAACUUUCGCAACUACUGUUAAUGAUGUGAUGUGGUACACUGAUUAGUUAGUGUAGAUUGCAUCAUUUUUACCAAGAACACAUGCUUCGUAGUUGGUUUUAUUUCUUGAUAUACAGGUCUGGGAUUUUCAGGACUGUCCUGAUUUAAGACUUUACAGUGCCAGAAUUUCCCAAUAGAACUAUUGAAAUGGGGAGAUUUCAGACUUGAGAAUGUAGCUUUUCAGGAUUUUUGACUGAAUCCCAGGCCUGGAUAUAACGCUGUUAAUUUCAGUUUGCAUGUAGCAAAUAUUAAUAACAGUAAAACCAUUGGGAAUACUACCUAAUACUGAGUUAGCUGUUUGUGUUCAUAAAGUAAAAUAUGGCCAGUAGUGAGAAUGGAAUAAUGGCAUGGACUAAAAAUAGCUGUACUAGGGAUAAAAGGGGUGUUUUUCUCUUUUGCAUAAAAUAUUUUGAGCUUGGAUGCUGUAAUGUUUGAUGUAUCUGAGCCUCAGUAAUAGAGCUGUUUAAGUAAUAUUUCUUAUUUGAUAUGAAACAUGUAGCUGUUUCCUUCAUAUACGACUGCUGCAAUGAGAGGUUUGUGCUGUGAAGGAUAGUAAUAAUGUUACAGCCCGGUUAUAUGCAGUGUAUUUGACAUGAACAUUGCAUACAUACAUUGUAUACAGUUUAUAUAUGCUACCAGUAAUACUUGUACAAGAAUCUGAUUCACACUUUAGUAAGAAAUUAAGUCUGAAAUAUAUACACUAUAGGUUGUUGUAUUUAUAAGAAGGUAUUUAUACAUUAUUAGAGUUAUGAAUCCGAUUGUGUUCUUAGGAGAAGCAGUAUGAAAGGAAGAAAAGGGAUUUUAUAUAGAAUAUCAGAUUUAUUUGUUUGUUGAAGUAUAAGAAGUAGAUUUCACAUUUUGCAUUGGAAACAAGAAAUGCAAGUAAGUAGCAGAUUCUUCUUACUUCUUUUAGAAGUUGAAUUUUGCCCUAAAGCAGUUUUUCUGAUUUCUGACAAACUGUCAUAAAAUGAAGUUUGUAUGAUGUAUGAGCACUUGUUUUAAACUAGGAUUAAAGUCAUAAAGUUAUUUUAAUUCAGUUCACUUCGCUGUCUUCUAGCUUAUGCAUUUUUUUCUUUUCUGUUUGUUGUGCUCACACAAAUUUGUUAUGAUUUAAAAUUACUUUCAUAAAAUUUUAUGCUAUUUAAAGUAUAGCAAGACAUGUGGACUUGAAAUGGUUGGAUUAUUGUAAUUGUUUCGUUAGCAUAUAAAUAAAGAUGUAUAAAAAUCAUUAUACAACCUAUAAUCUGUGUGUAAAAAUGUAUGUACAAAUAUUUAAUCUAUAUGUUACUCUAUAACCCAAUUUAUCUAUGCAUGACGGAUAGGUAGGUUUAGUUAGUUUUCGGCAGUUAAUUUAAUAAUUUGUACACAGUUUUAGGGCUUCUUUUGCAGUAUUUGGUCCAGUACCUUUAAUCAUCCAAGAAGUUUGUUCAUACCAAAUUUCAUCACAUCUGAUGGGAAUAACACAUUGGAUAUAGAAACAGACCUUUCUUGUUAAUGUACAAAGAUAUUUUUGUAUCCCAGCUGCUCUUAUAACUGACAGAGCAUAAAAUGGUUGAUUAUUUAAAGAACUUUUAUCUUACCGUCUAAAACAAAUGUACAUCUAUAAAGGCUUUUUGUACUUGUCUCCUUUUGUGUGGAUGGUCAAAAAAAAAUUCAGAAAGUCAGUUUUUCUUUUUUAAAAAAUAAGGACCACAUUAAUUUGUAGAUUCUCAGCCAUAACUGUGAAAUCAUUUAAUUUUGUAGGCAUGAAAUUUUGAGGUUUUGGUGAAAACUGCUAUUUACGUGGGGACGUAAAUUCAUUGAUUUCAACUUUUGAACAUAAAAUGAAUUGAAAUUUUACACGUUUGUUGGGAUUAAAUUUCUUAGAUUGAUUCAACCACAAAGUCUUUGAAGAAAGUUCCCUACAGAUAUUGAUUUUACAGUAUAUUAAUUUAAGUUUUGGUAAAAUUUUCAGCGACACAUUUUUUACUUAAACAUGAUUUGUGCUACUGUAUAAGUCGUGCCUUAUCUAGUAUACCCCAUGUUUAUCUUAUGUUUGGAAGCUGUUUAUGAUUUUCAUAUGCUUUUUUACCAUUUUGCAUCCAUUUAAUAUUAUUAUGUACUGUAAAAGUUUGAUCACAACCCCCUUUUUCCUGCUGUCAACUGUAGGACUUGCACUACUUUAAAAAAACAAAUUAAAAUACAUGUAUUUUCUAGUCUUGUUUAAUGUGUUUAAGAAGUAUUGAAAGUUGAUGUUCUGACGAUUCUGUAUUCUAAUUAACAUUGUUAGUUGUUACAACAAAAGACUGUUUGGCAUGAGAAGGCUGUUUCAGAUAUAGCUUUGUUUGCAACAAUACAUAUUUGGGUCUUUUCUUCUAUUCUUCUGGAAAAUAAUAAAUGAUGUAUUUUCCCUUAGUUAAAAAUGGACUUAAACUCAGUAAAAAUAUUCGAGUUUGAAAAUUUAUCCAGCUGGUACCUUUUAAUGUGACAACUCACAAUGUUUAUAAAAACAAGUGUAAGCUUUAGGGCUGAUAACUUUUGCAGGAUAUAUUUCUUGGUAAACCAUUCACUUCAUGUUGGCAAAGUGAUAAAAUUGAGCUGUUUUGCAAUAAAUUUAUAUACCAAAUAAG